AUGAGUGCCGCUAUCGAUCUGCCUACGACUAGCUCAUCGCUGCUCGACAUUGAUCUUUUCACCUCCUUCACCGAAGGCGAAGACACCAAUAUGACAUACGAUUGGACAAAUCAGCCGUUGGCGGCGCUCGAACCAUUGGACAACCUCCUCAACCGCCUCUCACCUCAGUCGUUGUCUCACAGCGGUCCGGAAGAAGAUAUCUCUGCGGCGGAGUUGAGCACGUUACACAGCCACUACUUUGACUCCUUCUACUUUUCCAUUCCAUUCCUUAACAGAGAUCGGUUCUUGGCAGAAUCGACGGGCGGUGGUGGUCCCGCCGUGAGCGCGCUGGUUUACGCCGUGGCCCUCGCCGGUUGCGCGCACUCCUCCAAAGACCCCAACCGACAGUCUACGUGCUACAGUCUAGCGCGCAACUAUGCGGAGAAGUGCGAACGAGACGGUGGCUUAAAUGACAUCAACUUUGUGCAAGCGCUGUUAUUUAUUGGUCGUUUCUAG